UGAGGCCUGCCAGAUGCUGAAUUUCUUCCGUCUGCGACAUCAGAUGACGAUGACUUAGGAGAAAUAAAUGCAGCAAAUUUUGAUGACAUGAAAUCAUAAACUAGUCAUAUAUACAGUACACAUUUUUUAAAAGAAAAAUCUAGUUACCUUCAUACAUAAUACAUAUUUAUCAUAUAAAUACAUAUUUCCCACUGCCAUUAUCAUUUUUCAAUGUUGCGCUAGUCCGUUGCUAUCCUUUGUUUUGCUUACUAAAUUUAUGUUAUUUAUGUUAUCUGACAGCGAAAGCUGAUGCUGAUUCAACAUAAAUCUGGUAUUAUUUAUUAUUGUGGCCUAUUGAAUAUUUUUAUGAGAAUGUAAUAUAAUUACAAUAUAUUAUAUACCAAUAGAAUACAUUAAACAGUCAACAAAAUGUGUCAAUGUUGUUUACAAUUUAUGGUUUUAUUUUUUUAAUGUAAUUCAUGCCCCUGUCAGCGCUUCAGCCUCCUCAAGUUUGGCUCUCAUGUCUGGGAUCUCCUGAUGACACAGGCAUAAUGUUGGAAGGGUAAUUACUUGACGGUUUACAGCAACACCUGGAAAAUAAAAUUGUUGUGUCAUUUAUUUUGAAAAAUCAAUAACAUAGCAUUCAUUUAGCCACAUUUGGGCUAGCUUUACCAUAUUUAGAUCGGUAGGAGCUGUCCCAUUACCUAAUAUCCAGUUUUAGCUAUGUGGAGAGCAUGGAAAAAUAUACAACCACAUAAUCGCAUUCUCUCUAAUAAAAAAAUCACGAUGCUGGAUUUAGGCUUACCACUCACUCUCCCGUUCGUGAAGUGUCAAGCUGUCAAAUGGUGUCAUGACGCCAUCUGCUGUAUCAAGUAAAUCGCCGUCAUCUGACGCCUCAGGUUCAAACAUGUAGGGAUUAAUUGUAGUUCAUCUUUGCUGGAAGCCUUUGCCAUCGGUAGCGUCACGAAAGAGCGAUCUUGAAUGGUUACCUUUGGUGGAAAUAUCACUGACAUCGUUGUUGCUGCUAUGCUAGCUGUGGGUAGUCUUCUGUUGCCUACAUCACACUUCCGGGUUUGCGAAGGGACCAUUAACGGAGUGCAAAAAAACGAAAAAACGCAAAUUAUCCUUACAAUUACGUGUUGAUAAUGUCAUGGUUGUUUUGACGAACUCGUCCAAAGUUUAUAUUCAUAAAAUUACACCAAAAUCCGGAAAGGUCUUCAGUUGCCCUUUAAUGGAAAAAAAGAGAAAAAUCCAACCUUCAAUACAAGUGCAUUUAUUCAGUGGGGAAAAAAUCCCACAUAAAGAAUUAUUUGACAUCAAAUAAUGUGUGUCACGAUUAUUAGCAUCCCUGGUGUUAAUACUUUGUACAACCCCCUUUUGCCAACAAAACAGCACCUAAUCUCCUCCUAUAAUGAUUCACAAGAUGGGAAAAGACAGAAAGAGGGAUCUUCAGCCAUUCCUCUUUGCAGAAUCUCUCUAAAUCAUCCAGAAACCUGGGUCCUCUCCUCUGUACUCUCCUCUUCAGCUCACCUCACAGGUUUUCAAUGGGGUUGAGGUCUGGGGACUGAGAUGGCCAUGGAAGGAGCUUGAUUUUGUGUCUGGUGAACCAUUUCUGUGUAGAUUUGGCCAUAUGUUUAGGGUCAUUGUCUUGCUGAAAGACCCAGUGACGACCCAUCUUCAGCUUUCGGGCAGAGGGCAACAGAUUUUUAUUUAAAAUGUCCUGGUAUUUCAAAGCAUUCAUGAUGCCAUGCACCCUAACAAGGUUCCCAGGGCCUUUGGAAGCGAAACAGCCCUACAGCAUCACUGACCCACCCCCAUAAUUCACAGUGGGUAUGAAGUGCUGUCUACAUGCCAACAAGCUGUUCGGGAGGCAUGCACGGAGAAAACCUUUCCUCACUCACAAUCAUAAACGCAAACGUCUGGAGUUCGCCAAGCGGUAUUGGGGCUUCAACUGGGACCGCGUGCUUUGGUUAGAUGAGACCAAAGGCGCUUUCGCACUGUUGUAACUAUCCGCAGUUCCUUGACCCUUUUGGGGGUGGAUGACGUCAUUUUGCGUGUUUGGAUAUGUAGGAACUUGGACGAGGACCUCGUCUUCCAAGCACCAUUUUAGCCCCAAAUCUGAAGUGAGUACUUUCCGUGGGGCCGCAGGAACGGUAUUACGUAGCCAUUUGAUGAUUCGCUGAAAUCAGCUGCAAACACGCCCCUUAUUUUUCACACAUCACAUGGAGCCGCCAUAUUUAAAAAACAACUACCCUUCCUUUAAAUUGUUGUUGCUGCUAGAAGGAAAAGUAAUGGAGCCAGGAAAAUCUCAAUGGAGCGACGAGUAGGUAAAAACCCUCCUUGCUAUUUUUUCAACUGCGAACGUCCAAAGAGGACUUGGGGGGGGUCGCAACGCAACAUAAAAAUAUUUGCCGAACUGCCGAAGCGCACAACUGGUGAAGGCUGGGAUUUAUCACAGCGCAAAACAAUGUUGGGAAAAAAAUGAAACUGAAACAAGACUACAAGAAAAUCAAAGACCACAACAACCAGAGCGGGGCAGACAGAAAAACUGGCAAAUGGUAUGAGACGCUCGACCUCAUAUUGGGCCACAGACCAGCAUAUGGAAACGCCAAAACAAAAACUCCUCUGCUUCGCUUUUGCGGUCGGGAGAACAACCCACCCUCCCAGCUGCUUGAAGGUAUGGCACAAGAAGUUAUUUAAGGGUGUAACAGUUUGUUUUUGCAUGUUUGGUUCGGUUCACUUGCGUACACUGUCGGUUUUGUUGUAUUUUUCCCCUGAUAAAAUGUAUUCUAAACGCUGCAUUGGGAACCGAAUUACUGAAGGUGUUUCCCCACGGACGCAUUACGUGUCGGACAUGACUAGUCUCGUUUUACUUUUUGUAAUGGAGAAAGAACAAAACAGAUCUCUUCUAUCAAAUCCAAUUCCUGUUGCCUGCAGUACCCUUUGUCGCCCAUCAGAAACACCAAUGGCUUUAUCAAGCAAUCCCAUGCCCCCUCUGAGUGACAAAUGCCAACCCGCAUCAGAAAACAUCGUUGUGAUGUCCUGCCAUUCUCUACCCCCACAAAGUGCCAGUACCAGUCAGUUUACUUACAUCAGAUUCACAAAUAAUCAGCCAACGCCGCCCAGCUGUCAGCACCCUCUGCCAUCCCAGACCUGCAAAAAGGAGAAAGAAUGACCCACUGUGCAGGAAUGGCAGGCUUCAGAUGCAGAAUACCAAAGGCAACAAGAUGCUGCAGGUGUUUGAAGAGCAAAAUCAACACAUUGAAAAGCAGUGUCAGGCUCUGCUGUCUGAGUCCAGCCGGCAGCAUCAGAUAGUAAUGGAGGGUAUUCUGGACAUCAUUAACAGGAUGUCAAAUCGGCAUGACAAACCUUAAUUAAAAGAAAUGGGACUCAACCAAAUAUUGCACAUCUAAAUGUUUCUCUUGUUGCACAGUGUGAUUUUUCAAUAAAAUAUAUUACUUUGAAAACAAAUUUUGCACAUGUUAAUUUUUCAUUUGUUGCAGGGUGAUUUUUCAUUACAAUAUAUUACUUUUAAACCUAAUUUUGCACAUGUAAAUUUUUUUGUUGCAGUGUGACUUUUCAUUAAAAAAUAUUACUUUGAGUAACACAAUGUUUUAUGUCUGAUUGCUAGUACACUGAAGUAUUCCUUAACAUGUGGCUUGCAAUACAUUGUGUGAGUAGUUAACACAUGACGCCACAUUCAAAAAAUUGGCCUUUGUAGCCAGCUACAGAUGGAAAAUGGGUUCAUAACAAUGCACACAAAACAUGAAUGAAAUUUUAAAAAACUUAUUUUGUGGGGAAAAAAAAAACAGUCAUGGUGGUGGUGUUGUACACCUACUAUUUAGUUGGGCAACACAAAGUGGGGCAUCAAGGCUGAACGCACAGCUACACCUUCAGCAUCUGUAGCAGGUGGUUGAACAGGAGUCUCUGGCUGCAGUGGCAGUGGCUCGCUCCACUCCUCUCUCCACAUCUCAUUGUGGCCUUCACAGAGGUUAUGAAGCACGCAGCACGUCAGCACCAUGGACUUUAUCCUCUCUAGGCUGUAGUCAUUGCGCUUUUGGAGACAUCGCCACCUUCCUUUGAGUCUACCAAAACCAUGCUCAACCACAACUCUUGCCCUGCUUGAUGACUGCAAUCCUCAUGUCUAGUGGAACUGCAAGGCAAUACGUCGUGUCCACUCUCUCAAUUGCAGGCCUCAGACACCGACAGAGGUGUUGAAAUGUCUCUCUAGAUCAGGGGUGUCCAAACUUUUUGCAAAGGGGGCCAGAUUUGGUGUGGUAAAAAUGUGGGGGGCCGACUUUGGCUGACGUCCUUUACAUAGAAUAUAUUUAGGCAAAUUUUAGCUAGCCAUUUUGUGUGUCACAUUUGCUUUAUUAUUUUUUUAAAAUAAUUUAAUCAAUCUCGCAACUAGCCUGUGUGGCGUUCUCUUUCGACUGUCGGGCUCUUGCGAGCAAACUUGAAGUUGCUUAAAUUUCUCGCUGCGUAUCUUCCCUGUAAUUUUGUCGUACAUGUCAGUGUGUCUUGUUUGGUAAUAUUGCCUCACAUUGAACUCUUUAAAAAACAGCGACUGUCUCUUUGCAAAUGAAGCAGACACAGUUGUUGCAUAUUUUAGUGAAGAAAUAGUCAAAUUUCCACCUAUCCUUGAAGCGUCGGCCAACGCAGUCAACUUUCUUAUUUUGUUGUUGUUGUUGAUUGUCGCCAUUUUAGAAAAUUGUAAGUAAAAGGUCACAAGGGGUAAUGUUGCUUAGAGUGCUGCUGCCUUUUAGUGGGUAUAUGAGGAUCAGCAUUCAGUGUGUAAGCUACUUCAUAUGCUGGUAGCAGUGCUGCUGACCAAUUAAGUCUGUGUGCGGGCCAGACGUUAUUGAAUGUAUGACAGAGGCUGGGGCCGGAUGAAAUUUGACCACGGGCCGCAUUUGGCCCCUGGGCCGGACUUUGGACUUUUCUGCUCUAGAUAUACGGAAAUUCUCCACGAACUGCUCGUCUGUAAAACUGGGAAGAACCCGUCUCCACCAGUCAUCAGCUUUUGUUCGCACCCAAACAGAUGACGAGGAUCGCUGUGCAAUGAGUCGCAGCAAAAUCUGAAACGGAAAUGGAAAACUUAUUUUCUUGGGUAUUUUGGGUAACAUUAGUCACAAACUAUUGGCUUAAAUGUUUGUUCAUAUGACAGUACAUGUGUAUACAGUAACAGGUGGGGUGUAACAGUACACUAAAAUUAAAUUUUGGUUCAGUUUUUGAAGUGCUCAGUGCAGUUAAGUCUGUACUAAAAAAGGUUGGAAAAAUAUACUUAAUGCUUUUAUUUUUCAAAAUGUAAACAAGAGAAUAUGUGAAAAUAAAUAAACGUGACACUUUUGGAUGAUAUUUGAAAUACAUAUAAAACACCUCGUUCCUCAAAAAAUAAAAAAGUAACAAUUAUAACACAUUUAUCCACUCGACUUUUUUUCACGUACAUAUUCCAGAGUGUCCGACACUUAAAGUGUCCGUGCGGAAACUGCCGCAGAACCGCACGCAUCGCUUAGAUCGCGCUAGUAAAUUUAUGAGUUCAAAUGCAUCAAAAGAAAAUGGACAGUACGCAAUUAAAAGAAAAACAGUUCAAUAAACCCACGUGAACACUUACAUCCUUAGUAAACACGUCAAAUACAUUGUUUUACACUUACCCGGAGCCUCCUUUGUCUUCUACCCUUUCGGUCUCCAUGAAACGAAGAAACAUCGCUUGCAGUCUCGUCGUUAGACGCUGGGAUUGCUCGCUGAUGGAAACUAUUCCCUUCAAACAUGCAAGAAUUGCUGCGGUGUCUUCAACGGUCUCCAUUUCGUUGUCUUCCGUUUAGCAUAGUAUUACUUAUGCGCCGCUGCUGGGUGUGGCGACUGGCGAGUAAAUAAUGCGUCACUGGUGCAGACUAAAACGUCACAGCAGGUCGUAUUAGGCAUAGUACUCCAUGUGCGAACACGACCGCUUUGCGAAGGAUAGCUCAUCGAACUACAGGAGGGCGGGAUAGUUAAAGGAGCUAAGUACUCAAGUUCCUACUGUGCGAAAGUGCCUUAAGAUUGAGCUUUUUGGCAACAAACACUCUACGUCGGUCCGGCAUGCCACGAAAGAUGCGCAUGCUGAAAAGCACCUCAUACUCACUGUGAAGUAUGGGGGUGGGUCAGUGAUGCCGUGGGGCUGUUUCGCUUCCAAAGGCCCUGGGAACCUUGUUAGGGUGCAUGGCAUCAUGAAUGCUUUGAAAUACCAGGACAUUUUAAAUCAAAAUCUGUUGCCCUCUGCCCGAAAGCUGAAGAUGGGUCGUCACUGGAUCUUUCAGCAAGACAAUGACCCUAAACAUAUGGCCAAA